GCUCUUGCAUCGGAAUGUAAGUGUGGGCACUCCAUGUGGGGAGGAACCGCUAACGUAAGUCAAUUUGGAUUGAGCUUACUGAAUUCGUGGGUUCGCUCAGAGGCAGAUAAAUGCAUCAUCAAGCAGAUAAAUGCACCAUCAAGCAGAUAAAUGCACCAUCAGAGAGGCUGAGUCAUUUUGCUUGUUGCAGCCAGAGGAGCAGCUGAACCAACCUGCUGCAGAACGCUGAGAACAGAAACGUUGCCCUCCUCUCCUUCGCCUGACAUCUUUGCCAGUGACCUCCACUCCUGCGUCUCGAUCCUCCAUCUCUUCCGUCCUGCUCAUUCCAUGCUCCCUCGCAUCAGAAUCCCAAGCAACAUGAAAUGUCACCAACUGAUAAGAGCUGUCCUCCUUGGACUGUGCUUCAUCGCUGUUCCCUUACUUAUCUGGUUUUCCUUCUGGAAAGAGUCAGCUCACUACCUUCCCUAUUAUCUUCCCUGCCCCGAUGUCUUUGCUAUGAAACUACAGUACAGAGAGGAGAAAUCACACCAUCAGUUUCCACAAUUAUCUUAUCCUCAACCCAGUGCUGUGCAACAGACGCGCUCCGACGUGCUCACGGUCACUCCAUGGCUGGCCCCCAUUGUCUGGGAAGGGACCUUUGACCCAGAGGUCGUGGACAGCCUCUACAAACCGUUGAACCUCACAAUUGGCGUGAUGGCCUUUGCUGUUGGGAAAUACACACAAUUUGUGGGCCGUUUCUUGGAGUCAGCAGAGACAUUCUUCAUGACUGGCUACCGUGUGAAUUAUUACAUCUUCACUGAGAGCCCUCAAGCGAUCCCGAAAGUGCACCUGCAGCCUGGGCGGGGCCUUGUCCUCGUCCACAUCAGAAAAUACUCCCACUGGCAAGAGAUCUCUAUGCGGCGGAUGGAGGUGAUCAACAGGCACAUCUCAGAGACGGCCCAUCGAGAGGUGGACUACCUCUUCUGCUUGGACAUAGACAUGGUGUUUCAUAAUCCGUGGGGGGCUGAGACGCUGGGGGAGCUGGUGGCGGCCCUCCAUCCAGGCUACUACAAGGUUGCUCGCACGGCAUUCCCUUAUGAAAGAAGGAAGGUGUCCACAGCCUACAUCCCUUGGGAAGAGGGGGACUUCUACUACGCUGGGGCCACCUUUGGAGGCUUGGUCAAGAGAGUGUAUGAGUUUACCAGGGCUUGCCACAUGAACAUUCUAGCUGACAAAGCCAACGGCAUCAUGGCGGCCUGGCAGGAAGAGAGCCACUUGAACAGACACUUCCUUUCCCAUAAGCCUUCCAAGCUCCUCUCUCCGGAGUAUGUCUGGGAUGACACAAAAUCCAGACCUCCUGAGCUGAGGCUCAUACGGUUCUCCACAGUAAUCAAGAACUACAGGCAGUUGAGGGAGUAACGCCUGGUAGGAUCCAUGCUUGGCCAGGGAGAAGAAGUACCAGACUGUAGCUCUCUGGGCCUGGUCUGGGGGUUCCCUGCAGAGCUGAUGAGAUCAGGAGGGUUCCCCAAAAUUGAUGUAGCAUCAUGGCUAUUCAAGAGCGAGGGCUGAGAUGCAAGAAGCUGCGCCUUCAGGUCUUGCCGGACCCCAGUGAAAUUGUCAGGUGGUUUCUGAAAAGCUGCUGUUCCCGCACUGUCACCAUGGCUGUGCUUGCGAUGCCUGUAAUAUGGAAGCAAUCGCACGCUCCCGCUUCUCAGGGCUGCCGCGGGUGCUGCUGGAAAAGCGCCUGCGCAGGCUUGCGAUGGCUCUUUGUCGCUGUGCGCCCCCAAGUCACGUCCGACUGAGGGUGACGCUGUGUAGAACUGCUCUCCGAAAUGUCUUGUCCUUGACAGCCCUGCUCAGCUCUUGUAAACCCCACGAGAUGGGCAAGUGUUAUUUAAGAUGAAAAUAAAUUUGUUUUCAUUUGCGGGCCACGCUCAGUGUGCAGCUGCAUAAGCCGUGGGGAAGAAUUGGAGGAUUCGUGACCUUGGGCUGCCCUUUUUUCACCAUCGGCAACUUUUUCUCAGGCUGCUGUUUGGCUAAAAUGUUCUGAUAAAUGUGGUCAUUCCUU